AUAUUUUUGUAAGGAACAAUGGGGAAAAUUGUUUACCUAAGGUUCAGUUAAAACCUAUAAAUUUGGGCGAUUCUGUUGGGUAUUUUAAGUUGGGCUUGGUUUACUGAGCGUCUUAGAAGAAAUCUACAUAAGACAAAGAUUCAAUUCUUCGACCAAUAUGCUGAUCAAGGUUUUGUGCUGCUUUGUGCUUGCGUCCACUGCGUAUGGGUGGAUCAAUGUACACGAAAAGUUAGUUGGUAGAGUAAUCCAUGUCGAAUCACUUCGGACUCGGGCAGAAUACAUUACAGUCAGCGAUACACAUGACGGUACAUCAUAUCGAUACUAUAUGAUUCUACCGGCUAUUUUAAAAGACGAGAUUUGUUACAAAGAACAUUCCAGUUUUCUUGUUCGUACCUGUGCUACCGAUUAUGUUUGCAUAGAAAGUGUGAAGACUGAGUAUCGGAAUAGGUUUUGGGCAGCAGAAUAUCCAAGUGGUGAACCCAGAGAAACUAUCGUCUUAACAGCGGAAAACUAUCCCGACACAAACAUUGAUUUACAUUUUAAAGUAGAAUGUCAAGAUGUUACGUUAACAGUAUGCAGAAUUGUACCAAGACGAUUUCCCGAUUUGUUCGUGGUGCACCAAUGGCAAGAAGGGUUGCAUACUCCAGGACGAUACUAUGCAACAUUGGGAGAAAACAAUCCAUAUUAUACAUGGACCAUCCAUGCUCCCAAUCCUACCGAACAAGAAAAAGAAAUCUUUCGAAUCGAUAACCUGUUAGCGAACGUGGAAGAAGUGAUUGCCGACUAUGUGAUUGUCGGAAUCUCUGACACAAAAACAACGACUCAAUCCGUUUCUUACACAGUGUCAAUGGAAGUGGAAAGUGCGUUUAAGAAAUUUUCGGCAAGUGCUGGAUCUAGCAUCAGCAAAACAUGGCAGAUAGAAGAAUCUUCGACUUACUCUCAAGCGAAACCUAAGAGUAUUAAAAUAAUUAUUCCAGCCAAAACUUUUGCUGUCAUUUAUCAUCGCAUGGGGAACUACAACGACCAGUUUGAAGUCGGUUCACAGACAUACAGGGUUACAGCUGUCGACGAAAAUGGUAAUAAAUCAGAUGUGAUUGUGACAAACAUGGAUGAAAUUGAUGUGGGAAGUCUUAUGAAGUCGAAUGCACCCACUCCUUCGGGUAAAACAAAAAAAAGAAACGAAAGAGAACGUGAACCAAAAGAAAAUUCGGAUCAGCGUAUCUAUCACCACCAUGAUCACUAUCAUUAUGGUGAAAAAAAAGAACUCUAAGCUCGCAUAUAUCUUACAUGCCACAUACCUUGAUUUUGGGAUUUGAUUUGCUUAUUGACUUACAUGUUUAUAAUGUUUUUUUUCGAUGCAGGGUCACGUUUAUAACUAGCUUGUAUACGAUACGGUCUGAAAAUUAUAACAAUAAUUAUUGAGACUGCAA